AGGAUCCCCCGAGGCCCUGUCCAGCAGCCCCUGGAGGAUCGGAUCUUCACCCCGACCGUCUCGGCUGUGUACAGCACUGUAACACAAGUAGCAAGACAACCGGGUCCUCCUGCCCCAUCCCCUUACACUGCACAUGAAAUAACUAAGGGACACCCAAAUCUUGCUGCAACGCCACCGGGACAUGCAUCGUCCCCUGGGCUCUCACAGGCUCCUUAUCCCUCAGGACAGAAUGCAGCUGCAACCACGUUGGUGUACCCUCAAGCCCCUCAAACGAUGAGCACGCAGCCGCAGACCCGCUCGCCGUUUGCAGCGGGGCCUCGACCUGCCCAUCACCAGGGAGGAUUCAGACCCAUACAGUUUUUUCAGAGGCCUCAGAUCCAGCCUCCAAGAGCCACCAUUCAGAACAGCAGCCCCUCCAUCCGUCCUGGAGCACAGACCCCGACUGCCGUGUACCAAACCAACCAGCACAUCAUGAUGGUCAACCACCUGCCAAUGCCCUACCCAAUGCCUCAGGGCCCCCAGUACUGUAUCCCACAGUAUCGUCACAGUGGCCCCCCGUACGUCGGGCCACCCCAGCAAUAUCCUGUGCAGCCACCAGGACCAGGACCCUUUUAUCCAGGCCCAGGUCCUGGAGAAUUCCCCAAUGCCUACGGAACACCCUUCUACCCCAGCCAGCCCGUGUACCAGUCUGCACCCAUCAUUGUGCCUACGCAGCAGCAGCAGCCGCCGCCUGCCAAGAGGGAGAAGAAAACGAUCCGAAUCCGGGAUCCAAACCAGGGAGGCAAAGACAUAACAGAAGAAAUCAUGUCUGGAGGGGGCAGCAGGAACCCCACACCCCCCAUCGUCAGACCCACCUCCACCCCGACUCCACCUCAGCAGGUGCCCAGCCAGGUCCCCGAGCCCGUUCCCACGGCGUUGGGAGCCGUGGAGAGCUCCCAGCCCUCUGGCAGCGCCGCCGGCACCGCGGCCCCCGCCUCCAGACAAGAAGAGAAGCCAAAACCAGAUCCAGUAUUAAAACCACCUUCUCCAGUCCUCAGACCAGAACCUACUGGAGAGAAGAAAGAUCAAGCUGGGCAGUCGAGCAAGGCCCUGACAUCAGUGGAAACCCCAGCAGAAGUUCCUCGUCCCCCGUCGCCAGCGCCAGCCGCUCCCCCGCCCCUCACCCCGCCAGCCCCGGCCCCUCCGCUUCCCGUCGCUGCUGGCACCGCUGCAGCUCCUUCUCCACCUCCUCUCCCACCUCCGAGUGCCCUCCCUGUUGUCCAGGGAGAUUUAGAAGGAGAGGAGAGCACAAGAACUACUCUUAGCGAAGAGGUAAAAGAUACUGAAAAGAAGGAAGAGACAGAAGCAGAUGGGCAACUGGAGGAGAGCCGGGAGGCUCUGAGUGUGAACUCAACUCAAACCGCUGUAACUGCACCAAAGACCUGGAAGAAACCAAAAGACCAGACCCAAGCCACUGAGGAGGUGACAGAGACAGAAACAGAGCUGAAGGAGGAGGAGGAGGACGAGGAGGAGGAGGAGGAACCUUCAGGGGACAAAGUACUUGAAUCUGACCAGGAGAAAAUGAGCCCUCAAGCGGAGAGGGAACCCUCGGAGCUCAAAGCAGUGAAGCCCCUGGAAGAGAACGGGGAGCAGGAGGCAGAGCCGGUGCGAAACGGAGCCGAGAGCGUCUCGGAGGGCGAGGGCGCCGACACCAACUCGGGCUGCACGGAGGGCUCUGCAGAGGGGCCCACGUACCUGUACAAACCAGAGCAGUGGAAGCCCCUGGACCCAGAGGGGAAGAAGCAAUACGACCGGGAAUUCCUGCUGGAUAUCCAGUUCAUGCCUGCCUGUAUCCAGAAGCCCGAGGGGCUGCCUCCCAUCAGCGACGUGGUGCUCGACAAGGUGAGAGGAGAGCCCAUCAAACAGGUCAGUCAGCCGAAGUUGCCGCUGAGGACUCUGGACCCCCGGAUCCUGCCACGAGGCCCUGACUUCACGCCAGCCUUUGCUGAUUUUGGGAGGCAAGCCCCCGGGGGAAGAAACGUGUCUGGAAGUGCCUGCAAAGUGCAGAGCACCCCUGGAUUGCCCUCCCUGGCUCGGUGUGGGCCCCCAGCAUGCCCUCUCUUGGUCUCGCCUCACCCACCAUUGAGGAACCUGCCGAUAGGGUUGUUGAAUGUUGGACCGAGGAGAUCUCAGCCGGGCCAGAGGAGGGAGCCCAGGAAGAUCAUCACUGUAUGUGUGAAGGAGGAUGUGCACCUGAAGAAGGCAGAGAAUGCCUGGAAGCCGAGCCUGAAGAGGGAAAACCAAACGGAGGACCCGGAAAAUGUCAAAACCCAGGAGCUGUUCCGCAAGGUGCGGAGCAUCUUGAACAAGCUGACACCGCAGAUGUUCAACCAGCUCAUGAAGCAGGUGACAGACCUGACAGUGGACACGGAGGAGAGGCUGAAGGGAGUCAUCGACCUGGUCUUUGAGAAGGCCAUCGACGAGCCCAGCUUCUCCGUGGCGUACGCCAACAUGUGCCGCUGCCUGGUGACGCUGAAAGUGCCCAUGGCAGACAAACCUGGGAGCACAGUAAAUUUCCGUAAGUUGCUGUUAAAUCGCUGCCAGAAGGAAUUUGAAAAGGACAAGGCUGACGAUGAUGUCUUUGAAAAGAAGCAGAAAGAAUUGGAAGCUGCCACCACUCCGGAGGAGAAGACGCGGCUCCACGACGAGCUUGAAGAGGCCAAGGACAAAGCCCGGCGGAGAUCCAUCGGGAAUAUAAAAUUCAUUGGCGAGCUUUUCAAGCUGAAGAUGCUGACAGAGGCCAUCAUGCACGAUUGUGUGGUGAAGCUGCUGAAAAACCACGACGAGGAGUCCCUCGAGUGCCUUUGCCGCCUGCUCACGACCAUUGGCAAGGACCUGGACUUUGAGAAGGCAAAGCCCCGCAUGGACCAGUAUUUUAAUCAGAUGGAGAAGAUUGUGAAAGAAAGGAAAACCUCCUCAAGGAUUCGGUUCAUGCUUCAGGAUGUAAUAGACCUAAGGCUGUGCAACUGGGUGUCACGGAGAGCAGACCAGGGCCCCAAGACCAUUGAGCAGAUCCAUAAAGAAGCCAAGAUUGAAGAGCAGGAGGAACAGAGGAAGGUGCAACAACUCAUGACCAAAGACAAGAGGAGACCGGGUGUCCCACGGGUCGAUGAAGGCGGCUGGAACACUGUGCAGGGGGCGAAGAACAGCAGAGUGCUGGACCCCACCAAGUUCCUUAAAAUCACCAAGCCCACAAUAGAUGAGAAGAUUCAGCUCGUGCCUAAAGCCCAGUUGGGCAGCUGGGGGAAGGGCAGCAGUGGUGGAGCCAAGGCAAGCGAGAUGGACUCCUUGCGACCAAGUGCCACAAGUCUGAACAGAUUUUCUGCCCUGCAGCCUCCAGUCUCCCCAGUGUCUGCCUCAUCUGCAUCUUCAGAGCUGGAAUCUCGCAGGGCCUUAACGAGUCGUGGGAGCACGGGCAGGGAGAAGAACGACAAAGCUCUGCCACCUUCCCUGUCCCGGCCCAACACCUUCCUCCGGGGCAGCAGCAGCAAGGAGCUGCUGCUGGACAACCAGGCCCAGGAGGAGCAGCGCAGGGAGAUGCUGGAGACGGUGAAGCAGCUGACAGGAGGCAUGGAGAUGGACAGGAACAGCACUGAGGCUGAGAGGAACAAAGCCAAGGAAUCUGCCAAGCCAGAAGCUCCCCCAGCUCCUGUGCAAGAAAAGCCUGCACUAUCAGAAGAGGAAAUAGAGAGAAAAUGCAAAUCUAUCAUUGAUGAGUUCUUGCAUAUUAAUGAUUUUAAGGAGGCCGUGCAGUGUGUGGAGGAGCUGAGUGCCCAGAACCUGCUGCCCAUGUUCGUGCGCGUGGGCGUGGAGUCCACGCUGGAGCGCAGUCAGAUCACCCGGGACCACAUGGGCCAGUUGUUACAUCAGCUGGUGCAGUCGGGAAAGCUGAGCAAGCAGGAUUUCUUCAAGGGUUUUUCCGAGACCCUGGAGAUGGCGGAUGACAUGGCCAUAGAUAUACCCCAUAUCUGGUUGUACCUGGCUGAGUUGGUGACCCCCGUGUUAAAAGAAGGAGGAAUCUCUAUGAGAGAACUUAUACAAGAAUUUAGCAAACCCUUGCUUCCUGUGGGAAGAGCCGGUGUCUUGCUUGCUGAAAUCUUGCACCUUCUAUGCAAACAAAUGAGCCAUAAGAAAGUGGGAGCCUUAUGGAGGGAGUGUGGCCUCAGUUGGAAGGACUACCUGCCCGAAGGGGAGGAUGUACAUACCUUUCUCAUGGAACAAAAGUUGGAGUUCACGGAGUCUGAUUGUUCCAGUUCCUCAGAAGCACUUUCAGAGAAAGAACUCUCUGCGGAAGAGCUGAAUAAGCAGCUGGAAAAACUCAUUGUUGAGGACAAGGCGAAUGAUGAACAAAUCUUUGAUUGGGUAGAGGCUAAUCUAGAUGAAAGCCAGAUGAGUUCACCUACAUUCCUUAGAGCUUUAAUGACAGCAGUUUGUAAAGCAGCUAUUAUAGUGGACUCUUCCAGCUUCCGUGUGGACACUGCUGUUAUCAAACAGAGAGUGCCCAUCUUACUCAAGUACCUGGACUCAGACACAGAGAAGGAACUACAAGCACUUUAUGCACUACAAGCAUCAAUAGUAAAACUUGAUCAACCUCCUAAUCUGUUGCGGAUGUUUUUUGAUUGCCUGUAUGACGAGGAGGUCAUUUCGGAGGAUGCCUUCUACAAGUGGGAAAGCAGCAAGGACCCAGCGGAGCAGAACGGGAAAGGAGUAGCGCUGAAAUCUGUCACGGCGUUCUUCACAUGGCUACGGGAGGCUGAAGAGGAGUCAGAGGAUAAUUGAAACUUAAAUACAGAUUUAAAACAAACAAACAAAAGAGAAACAAUUUAAGUAUUUUUUUAAAAAGUUUCACGUCUUCGCCAAUCACAGUGCAGCAAGGCCAAUUCUCUCUCGCAGACCCCCCUUGCCCCACACACGCACGAGUGGGAGAGGUAAAACCCCAUAAACACCGAGGUGAUCAUGGAGGCAAAAAGGUACUUGAAAACAAACCCACAAAAGUUAACUUCAAACCUGAGGGCGGGAGCACUAAACCAAAAUACAUGUAUUAUUUAUAGAACAUUUUUCUGUUUUAAUCUUUUUCUUUUCUUUUUAAACAAGGACUCAUACUUAGGAAAACACACAGCAAAAC